CAGGCCCCGCCCCAGGGCGCGCGCACUUUCGGUCCUGGCCUCUCCCGCGCGCCGGACGUGGGGCUCCGGAGGCAGGGCGGGGCCGGCGGACUCGGGCCGGACUUGGCCGGCACAGGGAAUCGAGGACCUCCCGCCCACCGACCGGAGCCUCCCAGUGCCGGUCCCAGGGACGCCAUGGAUCCCCGGGCGGUUGCGAAUGCCGUGGAGACGGGGGAGGAGGACGCGAUAAUGGACGCCCUGCGGACAUACAACCGGGAGGUGAGCGCGAGCCGACUGGCCGGGCUGCUGGUGUCGGCCCUGGAGCAGGGCCUGCCGCCCUCUCGCCGCGCCACUUGGUUGCAGAGCCUUCGCAUCCUGUCCCGGGACCGUGGCUGCCUGGACCGGUUCACCAGCCGCCCGAGCCUGCAGGCCCUGGCCCGCUAUGCUGGCAUCCUCCCGUCCGAGGGGCCUGACCCUGAGCCUCCAGAAAUGGACGUUGUGCUUGAGUCCCUCAAGUGCCUGUGCAACCUCGUGCUCAGCAGCCCCGCGGCGCAGGUGCUGGCUGCCGAGGCCCGCCUGGUAGUGAAGCUCUCGGAGCGCGUGCAGCUCUACGGCCAGCGGAGCUUCCCGCAUGACGUCCAGUUCUUUGACCUGCGGCUCCUCUUCCUGCUGACGGCACUGCGCACCGACGUGCGCCAGCAGCUGUUUCGGGAGCUGCAGGGGGUGCGCCUGCUGACCCACGUGCUGGAGCUGACGCUGGGGGCGUCCCCCGAGGAGAGUCCCCCCAAACUCCUCCCUGCACAGGAGACGGAGCGAGCCAUGGAGAUCCUCAAAGUUCUCUUUAACAUCACCUUUGACUUGGUCAAGAGGGAGGUGGAUGAGGAAGACACUGUCCUUUACCGGCACUUGGGGACCCUUCUGCGGCACUGUGUGAUGGUCUCAGCUGCCGGAGACCGCACAGAGGAGUUCCACGGCCAUGCGGUGAACCUCCUGGGAAACUUGCCCCUUGAGUGUCUCGAUGUCCUCCUCACUCCAGAGCUACACGCCGGCUCCCUGGAGUUCAUGGGAGUGAACAUGGACCUGAUUUGUGCUCUCCUCGACUUCCUGGAGCGGCGUCUGGACCAGACGCACCGGCUGAAGGAAAGCGUGGCCCCCGUGCUGAGCGUGCUGACUGAGUGCGCCCGUGCGCACCGCCCAGCCAGGAAGUUCCUGAAGGCCCAAGUGCUGCCCCCACUGCGGGACGUGAGCACCCGCCCUGAGGUGGGGGGACUGCUGCGCAACAGGCUGGUCCGCCUCAUGACGCACCUGGACACCGACGUGAAGCGCGUGGCCGCCGAGUUCCUAUUCGUGCUGUGCGCGGAGAGCGUGCCCCGAUUCGUCAAGUACACGGGCUACGGGAACGCUGCUGGCCUCCUGGCUGCCAGGGGCCUCAUGGCAGGGGGCCGGGCCUCAGCCCAGUACUCAGAGGAGGAGGACACGGACACGGAGGAGUAUAAGGAAGCCAAAGCCAGCAUAAACCCCGUGACGGGGCGGGUGGAGGAGAAGCCGCCCAACCCCAUGGACGGCAUGACAGAGGAGCAGAAGGAGCAUGAGGCCAUGAAGCUGGUGAACAUGUUUGACAAGCUCUCCAGGCACCAAGUCAUCCAGCCCAUGAGCAUUAGUCCCUGCGGUCACCUCACGUCUCUGCAGGACGCCAUGGGCCAGACCAUGGAGGGGCAGCUCAGCUCCGACCCUGACUCCGACCCCGACUCGGACCCCGACUAAGGCUGCAGCUCUCCUUCCCUUCAGAGCUGGUCCGCGUGCAGACGCCUUGGUGCUGGCCCCAGCCCUGCCCAUGUCUGCUCGCGAUUCCCCUCUGGUUCAGCUUCUUGUCUCUGGACUGGGAAGGGCUCGUCCUGCAUUAAGUCUGGAA